UUCUUCGGUCUUGAGAGUCCUGAAUAAACCUACUUCCGUUAGGUUCCGGAUGUGGCGCCAAAUUUGAAAAAUAUUCCUGUUUCAAUUUAUAUGAACGUAAACAGACAGCGAAAAUUGACGUUGAAGAUAAUACUACUUUUAGAAACAUAUCUGCAAACAAAUGGACUCGUCGGCACGUUUUUUCACUAAGUUGCGAAACCUAGCCGUGAAUUUGGAGACCGAAACUGCCAGUCUUCAACAGGCACACCAGAACUACGACGAUGAAGAUCAUAGCACUGAGAGUGCAGUGGGAGUUCUGCAAGAGCUGCACUCCGAGGUCAGGGGACUCAAGGGCCAGGUGAAGGAGCAGCUGGUGCGCCAGCAGGCAGGGGAGAAUGAUUUGAGGAGCUUUAUAAAGAUGUGUAUGGUGCUGAAGCAGAGGACCACAGAGGACAUCCAGAGACUGAUGAGACACUAUGAAAAAUAUGGCUACAGAGCGCCUAAGAGCACACAGAAACAGUCAGAGUCGAGCGGCCAGGAGGCAGAAGCUUCAGAGAAAGAGGACGAGGGUGAGACCGAGGGAGGAGAGGAGGACCAGGAGAAAGGAGAGGGAUACCUCACCUCAGUGACCCCUCUGAAGAUGCCCCCUCCGCCCUUCAUUGACCCCUUGCGCACCCCCCAGCUCUCUGACUUCGGCCUGUCGGAGAUCCACCUGAAGAGGGUGUUGGGUGGCACAGUGUUUUCCAGCGCUGAGGCCCCCAUGCCCAUGAUGACCCUCCCUCUGCCGUCUCUAGUCCUAGCCAUGCAGCCACCCAUGCCCAAAACGCCCAAGUGCACCUUGCGUAUGGACGAAGAUGACGACCUCCUGACCCCCCGCAUGGUCGACUUUGGCCUCACGGAACACACUGUGUGUCUCAACAAUGACUUCACCAUGGACCUGCAGCGCAAGAAGCCCACAAAGCCUCUCAGCUCAGCAGUGUCCUUGGGCUUGGGAGUAAUGUCACAGAGACCGGCACAUGUCCUCUCCACUCCACCAUCAAACUCCAUGAUGUACAGCCUGGCUACCAUGGAGUCCCCCGAGCCGCCUGUAUUUUGCACCCCAGGUCUGAAGAUAACAAAGUCUCAGCGACACGCUCUGUCCCCUCCUCUGCAGGGAGAGAUUGACCCAGAGUCCCCCUGUCGCCUUGGCAACCACCAAGCCACCCCUGAGGUCCCAGCAUUUGAGACACCAUACAUCAACAGACUCCUUAGCACCAGAAAGGGUGAGAGAAACACACAGGCAGAUGAAGACCAAGAUCACUCAGAACUUCCAACCUCCAAUAGAGGCUCCAGUCAAGCCUGGUCAUAUAAUGUGUCAGAGAUAUCAAUCAUUGGAUGUACAGAGGAAAAACUUACACCAGAGAUGCCAAGCCUAGAGUCUUUUCUGGGCAGCUCUCUACCCUAUAGGGGUGGCGGUGGAACCAGUGGAGAGCAGACUAUGGGGUCAGGAGAGCCCCCUCUCUCUUUCCUGGAUCAGGAUGGUCCCACCCAGACAUUCAACCUGGGGACCCCACGGGUCAGAGGGGACUACCCCGAGCCAUCCACCCCUGAGAUGCCGGACCUAAGCUCUGUCACACAGGACAUCUUUAAGCUUAUUUCCCAGAGCAAGAAGCUCCCCACAGCAGUAGUUCAGCCACACCUCAAGCUUUCAACCCUCCACACUGCAACAGGGAAAGAGAACAGGGCUCAGAGUCUGGCUGUGGUGUCCGAGAGGGAGUUCCUCAGUCUUCCAAGCUAUCUGAGACAGAUUCCACUGUCCAGCCUCAACCAGGCCAUUCAGAAGAUCAACGGUGCCAAAGAGGAGCGAGGCCACAGUGGUGAUGCGGGCCCUGCAUGGUUUCUGAUGGAGGAGCUGAAGAGGAUCACUGGGGUGGGCACCAAGGCCCCCAUGUACUUCCUGUGUCUGACUGAGUUAAAGAGGCUGGAGCAUGUGCAGGGAGUAGGAACCAGCGCCAUGUACAAGGUCCUGUCAAAGACACGUACCUGAUCUGAAGUACAAUGACAUUCCCUGCCUUCUUAAACCUCCCAAAGGGCUCAACACUACUGAGUGAGGUCCUAUGUAUUGACUCCCCUCCUGAAUAGGCCUGGGUGCCAGUCUGUUUAGCUAUCAUUCACUCCUUGCCACUGCUGUCAUGCUAAACAUUGGCAUAUGACAGAGUACAAGGAGUGAAAUGUUAGCGAAACAGCCCGGCAAUCAGGCUAGAAUAGGCCCAAAAUUGAUUCAUUAUUUUAUUUUCACCUUUGAGAACUGUACAUAUGUUUUGUCUUGGUCUUUUUAAUUGUGUAGGUCCUUCUGUUCAAAAUGCAUGAAUACUCAGUCGAUUUAGCAUUUUCGUAGUUUUCUAUGUGUAUAAUUGGUCUGUGUGUAAUCUCACUAAUAAAUACAUAAUUAUGAACAUGA